UCACUACGUGACGCCGGGCACGAAAGAAGAAAGAGCACGGUGACGUCAGCAUACACAGUGACGUGUCGAGGACAGAGGUGACAAAGAUGAGUCAAGUAUAAACCAACACAAAACGUCGGUACUCGAGAAAGCAAGGACUGCUACCAGUGUAAAGUUUGAUAGAAAAAAUGAGGCAAACGAACAAUGCCGACGACAAGGAUAGCCUGGAUACACGGUACGGUUGGGGGACAUUUGCUCCCGGCACUCUACAGGUUUUGAACAACGUGAAAGCAGCGUUGGCGUUUCUGUGCUGUGCAAUUUUUGCCCAAGCAAUGCUAGUGAACGGGUUUGCCCGAAGUGUGGUGACGACUUUGGAGCGGCGGUUCGGCCUGAGCAGUACAGAUUUGGGCUCCGUCCUUGUGGCAAACGACGUGGCAAACCUGCUAGCUGCCAUACCGAUUGGUUACCUCUGCGCUAAGAACAAGCCCCGCUGGCUGGGCUGCGGGAUGGUGGUGAUGGCCCUCGGUGCCGUCAUCUUCGCCCUCCCACAGUUCGUUGCAGACCCUCGCCAAAUGUCUGUCAUAGAAGGAGACGGCUUCUGUGUCAACACAACUGUGGAAAACCAGACUUCGAGUGACACAGCUGGAUGUACGAGCCAAUCAUCAGACGGUGUUCCCUCCCUGACGGGUUACAAGUACGUCCUCAUCCUGGGGAAGUUCUUAGUCGGGACGGGGGCGUGCACGCUCUUCAGUCUGGGGGUGACGUACAUCAACGAGAACAGCCUGGCCACGCAGACAUCCAUCUACCUGGGUAUUUUCUACGCUUUUUCCAUCGUUGGUCCAGGCGUUGGGUAUUUACUCAGCAGUGUGUUUCUGAACAUACCAGGAGACCUGGACUACAGCACAGACCUGUCUCCUGACAGCCCACAGUGGGUGGGUGCAUGGUGGGUCGGGUUUCUACUGUCCGGAGCCAUGGCUGCGGUGUCAGCUGUUUUUCUGUUCGGGUUUCCUAGAAAACUUUCUGUACCGUCCGAGGAAAAUGCAAAUUCAACAAACGCUGCCGAUGCGCACUGUACCAAGAAUGAUUAUGGGAACGAGAGCCCCGCCGUUGCCACAGUAACAACGCCAUCGUCACCAUCUCGUUCCCAAACCACGGCAACGCCUCCAACAGCUACGUCACCAGAGUCUGCAAACGACAAACGACAGCAUCUACAGUUCCUCAGAGAUUUCUGGCAGAAGUUCGUUAGUUUGAUGAAGAACCCGGCUCUUAUUCUGCUGUCGUUAGCAACGGUCACAGAGAAAGGGAUGGUCUCAGGAAUCGUCACCUUUACUCCGAAGUACGUGGAAUCCCAGUUCAGAACGACUGCUGCAGAGGCGUCUUUUAUCGUAGGAUUGGUGACAGUACCGGCGGCCACAGUCGGGACCUUACUAGGCGGGUAUCUGGUGAAGAGGCUACAGCUGGACAUCCGGGGUAUCGCCAAGUUCUGUUUCGUGGUGACGUCACUCACUGUCAUGGCGUCGCUGGCGUUCCUCAUCACCUGUAGUGACGUCACCUUCGCCGGCGUCACCACAGGUCAUAGCAAUAGUUCUUUCGUGGGGACACAGGACACACUGACCAGCAUGUGUAACGCAGUCUGUCACUGCUCACGUGACGCGUACAGCCCGGUUUGCGGCAGUGAUAAUGUCGUAUACUUCUCUCCCUGCCACGCCGGGUGUGACAUGCUGACAACAGCUAACGGCUCCCAGGUCUAUGAGGGAUGUCAAUGCACUAGUAACAGCAUCAGCACAUCUGCACGUGUAGGGACGGCGGUGCCGGGAAAAUGUUCCACGGAUUGUCCCUUGAGACCCUUGUUCUAUGGUCUCCUUUUCUUCAUGAGUAUGGGCUGUUUCAUCACUUUGAUUCCACUACUGACUGGUACAUUAAGGAGCGUCACUACGGAAGAGGGCCCAUUUGCCACGGGAAUACAGGAGGUCUUUGUCCGAGGACUUGGAUACAUUCCGUGCAUCUUGUUGGUUGGCGGUAUCAUCGACUACGCAUGCGUGCUGUGGGACACGUCAUGCCAAAAUGCCGGCUCGUGUCUCUUGUACAGAAAUAGAUCCCUGAGCAUCAACAUGGUGUCUGUGUGUGUGGCGUACAAAACUGCAUCAUGUCUGAUAUACCUACUCGUUUUACUGUUUAACAAUGAGGCAAAGGCGGAAGGGUCUACCAAUGGUACAGUGUAAAAUACUCCGUUGAACCGCAUCACCGCUUCUGACCGACAAAAGUACCAU